UACAGCACUCACCACUGAAAUGUUUUUAAAAUGUUUGCUUGUGAUUUCUUUCAGGCGUUUUGUGGACCAACAUUCCAUCUUCUAGAACAACCUAGAGGGUUCCAGAAUCAUCCUGACACUGUAGAUGAUCUUUUUCGAUUGGCAACAAGAUUCAUUCAGCGAAGCCCGGUGGUUUUAAUCCAAAGUCCAGUCAUGUCUUUGAUUAUUCGUUGUGCGUUGGCUGCAACAACACUGAACCAUCGUGAUGCUAACUCCAGUGUGAUGAAAUUCCUGCAGGAUCUGGUUCAUGUUGCGACAGUCAAUGAGCAUAAGGAAGACUUUGAGCUUCGAAAGACCCUGGUUCACGGAUUCCUGGGGGAGAGUGGGGCAUUGUUGGUUGCACAGCUUGUACAGGCCUGCUGCUUCUACCUUGUGCCGAGCAUGCUUGGAAACGUGGCCGAUGUUUUGUGGGAACUCCGCAUUUUUGAUCGGAAGACAUUCUGUCGGUGGCUGGAAGAUGCUCUCAAGAGUCUACCAAAGGAACUAUCAGCCGGGGCUAUCACAGCGACAGAAAAGCAAGUCACAGAGUUCCACAAACAGGUCAUGUGUGCUGAAGAUGCUGCAAUGAUAGGUUGGUCCUUAAUGGAAUUCUCUGGCUUCUACAGAUAACGUCAGGACAUAACCACAGACUUGCUACAUUUGUACGACAUUCCUUUCCAGCUCCUAGACAUCACGGCAGGUGCUCAGUAAAUGCCUGGAAAGACAACAAGCUACCAGGGAGCAGGGGUCUUUUCCCACCGGAAGGGCUGGUCUUGCUGCUGGCAUGGGGAGGGGGGGGAGGGUACACGUGAGGUUAGAGGGAGAUGUGAUCCAGCAACUGUGGCUUCAGCAGCAAGAGGGUGGGAGAAGCGGGGUCUUGUUUGUCGUACAUCAGAUUGAUUGAUCGGUUUUGUUCUAAUGCACCUUGUUUUAAUUUUGGCAUCAGGAAUGUGAUUAUCACUUCCAAAGCAGAGAUGGACUCCCUCUUGUUGGUCUGCCCUUAGGACAGGCAGUUAUUAUGGAAACUGUUUAAAGCGUUAAUUCCUGAUACCUCUUGAGUCAAUGUGGAACAAAGUGCAAAUGUGUCAUAACACUUGCUGACAAGCUGCAUAUGGAGUGUGGUGUCGAGCAAGGAGGAUGUAUUUUAAAUAUAAAUACCAUUUGUUUUAUACCUAAAAUGUGAAUACUAGCACUAGUUUAUCACCUUGAAUUUGUUCAAGUUGACCAUUUUGCACCAAUAUUAGUUUUGAUUGGUAGCCAGCAAAUCAAUGAUCAUGACUGCCCUUUAAUCAGAGAUGUAUCAUCUGAUUAAACUCCUGGCCCAGGGUGUGCACAUCACUCACCAAACCCUGCCUAGCAAAUAGAGCAAGGAUAGAUGUGACUGACUUUAGCUGCACUCCCUAGAGUCAGGAGGUCAUGUGUUGGAACACACUCUUGGACAUGAGACAGAUGGUCCUGUAUGGCAGAAGUACUGCACAGUUGAGGAUUCAUGAAUUAGAAAUUAAAAUGGAUCCCAAUAGGAGACACUGUUCCACUGAAAUGUAAGCAUUUCUCAUUUCAAUUGCUACUUGUAGAAUUUCAGUCUGCAAGGUAGCUAACUGCCGUUUCCCUGUAUGAGUGAUUAACUUGUUUUGAUUUUAAAGAUUGAGGCCUUUCUGCUGGUUGAACAACGGCAGCUUUGUUCCUCCUGUCCAGGUCCCGGUGAGAUUGCUCCCUGUCUCACCGCAACCUUCACACUGCAAAAGUAGAUAUAGUUGGUGAGAUUUCAGGGACACACACCAGUCUCAUAGCUUAUUUAUAGGAAACUUGGUGCCCUCUUUCACUCUAAUAAUAAUAAUUUCCUGUAUUACAAAAGAAAGUAAUGUUCUUAAUAGAAUUAUUACAAUCUGUCAGGUCUACAGGACAUGCAAAGGAAUUGAUUAUGACAUAGAGGCACCUAAUAAUUUUAUAUUUUUAAACAUAAAUCAAAGCCAGCUCUUAUUCUCAGGUGAUGGAUGUUGAGGGAAAGCUAGGAGUGUGGGUGCAUCAAUCAGAAUAUGAGCCUUUGAGAUCAUGAGGGAACAUGCACUGUUAGUGAGGUUACUCUUGAAUGAGCACGGGGAAGUUUUUUUAAAUGCAUUAGUAAUGCUUUUUGAAGACUGGAGUAUUUUGAAGUUGUCAGGUCUGUCCCUAUAAUCUGGAACUCCUAUAAUAUGCCAGUGGAGGAUCUGCAUAGCACUACUGUGGGCAAUCAGCAGAAUAAAGCAUAUGGUAAGCCCCAGACCUGCAUUUGUUUGUAGAUGUUCUUACGAAAACCAGGAAGUAUAGCUCUUCCUGUUUGUUGGAAGACCUAAAGAUACAUAGCUAUUAGCAUCGACAUUGAAGUGAGUAGUACCAUGCCAGCAAUACAGCAGCCAAAGCUGUGACAUGGCACUGGUCUCCCAUAUACUGCCCAUUGCAGCCACACCAAGUAAUGGUUGUAACUUGAGAGCUAGGCCCCUUGCUCUUAGGGGAAUGAGGUACCCUAUCCUGUGCUUGUUUUGGGUGAUGGAUGUGGAUGGGUAGUGCAGUGCACCAGAAGUUAUAGAAACUUUGGCUAAGUUUGGAUCUCCAUGUCUAGAUGCUAUAGUACCUACCGGUAAGUGUACACAGUGGAAGUUAUAGAGACCAGCCGGGUGUAUGAUGGCUCUCAUAAAUGGCACCUAAUCUGUGAAGCUGGUGUCAUGUUUUAAGAAUUGUUUUUAAUAACUGGCAUAAAUUUAAAACUAUUUUUUUCAGUUUUACAGCAAUUUAAAAAGUUAACAAAUCAAAGGAAUUGAUUUUGGUGUACUGUUCUUUAAUUUAAGUAUAUGUCAUGCUGUCAGAUUAUGUGAAUUGUUUUGUCAGACUUGUGCCAGUGUACAGAACUUUUUAUAUUAAACUUUGAAAAUAUGUCACUUGC